GAGGUUACCCUUUAAAAUGUAGCUCCAAGUUUUUGUGGUAGAAAUUAAGUACUUGGACAUUCAUUUCAAGUAGAAAAAACAGUCGAAAAAGACUAGAUUUUUUUCGUAAAGAGUAUGUGUCAAAGUUGACUGCUUCAGUGCUUCAGCUAGCCAAGAGUCUUGUGUUAAAAAGUCAGUUUCUGGAUACCCAUUUCAAUUCAAGAUUCUUGUUUCUUCUUUCACUUACGAUAGUUUUUGACGAAGAAAAUAGAAAAAAGACAGAGAUGUUUUAUUAAGGGUAUGUGUCAAAGUUAACUGCUUCAGUGUUUCGGCUAACUAAAGAAUCUUGAUUUAAGGGGCUGUUAUAAUAAUGAAGGAAGGACAGAAGGAGGGGAGUUUGAUUUUUGCAGUUAAUGGUGAGAAGUUUGAGUUGUCGCGUAUUGAUCCUUCGACAACUUUGCUUCAAUUCUUGCGCUCUGAGACUCGUUUUAAGAGUCCUAAGCUUGGCUGUGGUGAAGGUGGUUGUGGGGCUUGUGUUGUUCUGGUCUCAACAUAUGAUCCGAAGCUUAAAAAGGUUGAAGAUUUUAGCGUGAGUUCGUGCCUUACACUUCUUUGCAGUUUAAAUGGUUGUUCAAUUACUACAAGUGAAGGCCUUGGGAACUCUAGAGACGGUUUCCACGCUAUUCAUGAAAGGUUUGCCAAUUUCCAUGCUUCUCAAUGUGGCUUUUGCACUCCUGGCAUGUGUAUGUCAUUUUUCUCAGCUCUUGUCAAUGCGGAUAAAGGAAACAAGCCCGAUCCUCCACCAGGAUUCUCUAAGAUUACUCCAUCUGAAGCUGAAAAGUCCAUAGCAGGGAACCUUUGUCGGUGCACUGGAUACCGGCCCAUUGCUGAUGCCUGCAAGAGUUUUGCUGCUGAUGUUGAUAUAGAGGAUUUGGGGUUCAAUUCUUUUUGGAAAAAGGACGAUUCCAAGGAAACAAAAGUAAGUAAAUUACCUCCCUAUGAUCCAACCAAGAAUGUUUGUACAUAUCCCGAGUUCUUGAAAAGUGAAUCCGCCACAAAUUUGGAUUCGUUAAGGUACCCUUGGUACAGUCCUGUUUCCAUUGAGGAGCUACGUAGCUUGUUGUACUCCAAAGUGACGGAAAAUGGUGCAAGCUUUAAACUUGUCGUUGGUAAUACUGGCUCAGGUUAUUAUAAGGAAACUCAGCGAUAUGAUUAUUACAUUGAUCUGAGGCAUGUUCCUGAACUCUCAAUCAUCACCGGAGAUCAGACGGGCAUUGAAGUCGGAGCAACUGUGACUAUCUCUAAAUUCAUUUCAUUUUUGAAAGAGGAAAGUAAAAUCAAUUUCGGUUCAUAUGGGAAGUUGGUGUCUGAAAAACUGGCUUACCACAUGGAGAAGAUUGCUUCGCCAUUUGUUAGAAACUCUGCUAGUGUGGGAGGAAAUUUGGUUAUGGCACAGAAGAAUGGUUUUCCUUCGGAUAUCGCUACAUUAUUUCUCGGUCUUUAUGCUACUGUUAGCUUGAUGACCAAUCAUGGAAUUGAAAAGCUCACAUGGGAGGAGUUAUUAUCGAGACCACCGCUAGACUCAAGGACUGUGCUUCUAAGUGUUCUGAUCCCAUUUAAGAAAGAUCAAAGUUCUCUCCAAACUCAUUCUAGAUUUUUGUUUGAUACCUAUCGAGCUGCUCCACGGCCUCAGGUGAAUGCAUUGGCAUAUGUAAAUGCUGCUUUCCUGGCUGAUGUUUCUCUCAGCCAGAAUGGCAUCCUGAUAAACGAUAUCCUGUUGGCAUUCGGUGCUUAUGGAACAAAACAUGCAACAAGGGCUAAAAAGGUAGAGGAAUAUCUUACCAGGAAGAUAUUAAAUGUGCAUGUUUUGUAUGAAGCACUUAAAUUAGUCAAACUAGCAGUGGUACCGGAAGAUGGCACUCUACACCCUGAGUACAGAUCAAGCUUGGCCGUAACUUAUGUCUUUGAGUUUCUUUAUCCCUUAACUAAUGUUCAUUCUUCUAUUCCUGGUGGUUUACUUGACGGAAUUGAUGACAUCUCGGCUGAGGACAUUUCGGGGAGUAGUAAUGAUGGUUGCAUUAGUCAGGGAGGAAAACAGACACUACUGUCUUCCGCCAAGCAGGUUCUGGACUCAAGCAGCGAGUACUAUCCAGUAGGUGAACCGAUGAAGAAAGUUGGAGCUGCCAUGCAAGCUUCUGGUGAAGCUGUUUUUGUAGAUGACAUUCCUUCACCACCAAACUGCCUGCAUGGAGCAUUUAUCUAUAGUACAAAACCAUUAGCAGGUGUAAAGGGAAUCAAGCUCGAUUCUAAUAUAGAUGGAGUCAUCAGCAUUAUUACUUUCAAAGAUAUCCCAAGUGGAGGGGCAAAUGUAGGAGCUAUUACUAUUUCUGAAUCUGAGCCCUUAUUUGCAGACGAGCUCGCCCGAUGUGCUGGAGAAAGAAUUGCAGUUGUGGUUGCUGACAGUCAGAAGUCUGCUGAUGUGGCUGCAAUGACGGCCCUCGUUGAAUAUGACACUGAAAAUAUAGAUUCUCCCAUUUUAACCGUUGAGAAAGCUGUUGAGAAAUCUAGCUUUUUCCAAAUCCCAUUUUAUCUAUAUCCAGCACAGGUCGGUGAUUUCUCAAAAGGAAUGGCUGAAGCUGAUCACAAGAUUCUCUCUGCUGAGUUAAGACUCGGGUCCGAGUACCAUUUCUAUAUGGAGACACAGACCACCCUUGCAAUUCCAGAUGAAGACAACUGCAUGGUUGUUUAUACUUCAAGCCAGAACCCUGAGAAGGCGCAUCACGUGAUUGCCACUUGUCUCGGUCUUCCUGAACACAAUAUCCGUGUAAUCACAAGAAGGGUUGGAGGUGCCUUUGGGGGCAAGUCGGUCAGAGCAAUGCCUGUUUCCACAGCCUGUGCACUUGCAGCAUACAAGUUAAGACGCCCUGUCAGGAUAUAUGUCAACCGGAACACUGACAUGAUAAUCAAUGGAGGACGACACCCGAUGAAAGUAACGUACAGUGUAGGAUUCAAGUCGAGUGGAAAGAUCACAGCAUUAAAUCUUGAUAUAUUGAUCAAUGCUGGGAUCACAGAAGAUAUGAGCCCCAUCUUGCCAUUAGGUCUGAUUAAUUCUCUAAAAAAAUAUGAUUGGGGUGCCUUAUCUUUUGAUGUAAAACUUUGCAAGACGAAUCUCACCAGCAAAACGACUAUGCGGGGCCCUGGGGACGUGCAAGGAUCUUUUAUUGCCGAAGCUAUAAUAGAGCACGUAGCAAGUUUACUGUCGAUGGAAGUGGACUCGGUCAGAAAUGAAAACGUUCAUACAUUUGAAAGCAUUAACUUAUUUUAUGGUAACAUUGUAGCAGCAGGAGAAUAUACAUUGCCUAGUAUCAUGGAUAAGUUGGCAGUGUCAUCGAGUUUUUUCCAAAGAAGCAAGAUGUUAGAACAGUUUAACCAGAAAAACACAUGGAAGAAAAGGGGUAUUUCUCGAGUGCCAAUUGUAUUCAAUGCUAUGCAACGAGCAACCCCAGGAAAAGUCAGUAUUCUGCAAGAUGGAUCGAUUGUUGUAGAGGUCGGAGGGAUUGAAAUUGGCCAAGGGCUAUGGACCAAGGUUAGACAGAUGGCUGCCUAUGCUCUCAGUUUAAUCGAGAGUAGUUGGGCUGAUGACCUUCUGAAGAAAGUACGAGUCAUACAAGCAGACACCUUAAGCGUAGUGCAAGGCGGGCUUACAUCUGGAAGCACUACAUCGGAAUCAAGCUGUGCAGCUGUUAAACUUUCCUGUAAUGUCUUGGUUGAAAGACUGACCCCUCUGAAGAAACAGUUGCAAGAACAAAAUGGCUCUGUUGAUUGGCCAACGCUGAUUGGCCAGGCACAAAUGCUAUCAGUAAGCUUAGCAGCAAAUUCUUAUUAUGUCCCAGAACACAGUUCCAUGAGUUAUUUGAACUUCGGGGCUGCUGUCAGUGAGGUGGAGAUAGAUAUUCUGACCGGAGAGACUACCAUUUUGCAGUCGGAUAUUAUUUACGACUGUGGGCAGAGCUUGAAUCCUGCUGUUGAUUUGGGACAGAUUGAAGGGGCGUUCGUACAUGGAAUCGGUUUUUUCAUGAAUGAAGAAUAUCUAACAAAUGAAGAUGAGUUAAUGGUCUCAAAUAGCACUUGGACGUACAAGAUCCCGACUAUUGACACCAUACCUAAGAAUUUCAAUGUUCAAGUCUUAAACAGUGGACAUCAUGAAAAACGUGUUCUCUCAUCCAAAACAUCUGGUGAACCGCCACUGCUUCUGGCAGCUUCAGUCCAUUGUGCAACAAGAGCAGCCGUUAAAGCAGCACGUGAACAGCUCAAACUUUGGGACAAGCUCGACGGGUCUGCUUCAGAAUUCUAUCUAGAUGUCCCCGCCAUAUUACCCCUUGUGAAGACACAGUGUGGCCUGGAUUAUGUAGAGAAGUUCUUAGAAACUUUGCUGGCUCAGAAAUCUACUAAUUAAAGGUUCAUCAGCAUGUUGCGCUGUGUUGCUCGGACUCGGCAAAAUGUUGUCAUAUCCGUGUCAUGCACCCGGUGACAUUUUUUAAGAGUCGUAAUCCUGUCUACUACAUAAUACCACUUUGAAAAAAGUACUUGUGUAUUGGUCUUACAUGACUAAAGAGAUAUUAUGUUUUAUAUAAUAUCGUUUGUCUAAUAAUAAGGUGAUUUAAUUCUUCUA